UCCAAUUAAACACGCCCAAAAACACGACCUUCAGGUGCCAAAAGAGGGUUUUAGAAAAACAAAACCAACAGUCUUUUGAGUUCCAAACGUUGUUUUUUUUCUUUCUCUAAUGGCCUUGUCUAGAAUCGCUCUUCUUCACCAUCGAUUCUCCAGACGACCAUUCACCACGAAGCAAGUAGACAACACCAGAUUCCUCCCUCCCAAUCAAUCCAACCUCGCCCAAACCCUGAUCACAAUCUUCACAAGACAACCUUUCACACCAAACGACCCCGAGCUGCUUCGUCUCGCUCCCGAGCUCAACACCAAAGUAGUCGAAACCGUUUUGAACGGGUUCAAAAGAUGGGCCUUGGCUUACCUCUUCUUCAACUGGGCUUCAAAACAGAGAGGGUACAGGAACGACAUCUACGCUUACAACGCCAUGGCUUCUAUCCUAUCAGGUGCUCGACAAAAUGCCUCGCUGAAAGAUUUAGUUGGAGAUGUUCUCAACUCUCGAUGUUCGAUGUCUCCCGGGGGGUUAGGGUUUCUCGUGAGGUGUUUGGGUGAUGCUGGCCUUGUGGAAGAAGCGAGUUUCGUUUUUGAUCGAGCUAGAGAGAUGGGUCUUUGCGUUCCCAAUGCUUAUACUUAUAACUGUCUACUAGAAGCGGUUUCUAAGUCGGGUUCUGUUGGUUUGGUUGAGAGGAGGCUUGAGGAGAUGAGGCGUUGCGGGUUUGUGUUCGAUAAGUUUACUCUCACGCCGGUUUUGCAGGCUUACUGCAGCGCUGGUGAGUCUGAGAGAGCGUUGAGUGUUUUCGACGAGAUGCUUGGUAGAGGGUGGCUUGAUGAGCACGUUUCGACGGUUUUGGUUGUGUCGUUUUGUAAGUGGGGUGAGGUGGAUAAGGCGUUUGAGUUGGUUGAGAUGCUGGAGGAACGGGAGAAGAUUAGGUUGAAUUAUAAGACGUGCUGUGUUUUGAUUCAUGGGUUUGUAAAGGAGUCUCGGGUUGAUAAAGCAGUUCAGUUGUUUGAGAAAAUGCGUGGGAUGGGUAUGAACGGUGAUAUUGCAGUUUAUGAUGUGUUGAUAGGAGGAGUUUGCAAGGAUAAAGAUUGUGAGAUGGCUUUGAGAUUGUAUUUGGAGAUGAAGAGGUCGGGGGUUUUACCUGAUAGAGGGAUAUUUGGGAAACUAAUACGUUCCUUUUCUGAAGAAAGUGAAUUGAUUAGGAUAACAGAAGUGAUUAUUGGAGAUAUAGACACAAAAUCCGUGAUGCUUCUUUACAAAACUUUGUUGGAGGGGUUUAUUCGGAAUGGUUUGGUGCAUGAUGCUUACAGUUUUAUUCAGAAGCUCAUGGGAAAUGAUGAGUUUGACGAUGGUGAGUCUGAGAUUAUACAGCUUCUAAAGGAUCACAACAAAGCAAUUCUACCAGAAAUGGAUUCUCUUAGCAGUGUGAUUGACUGCUUGGUCAAAGCGGAUGAGGUGGAUAAGGCAGUGAGCUUGUUACAUAAAAUUGUUCAGAAUGGACUUAGUCCAAGUCUUAUGAUGUACAACAACAUAAUUGAGGGGAUGUGUAAAGAAGGAAGGUCAGAAGAAAGCUUGAAACUCUUGGGAGAAAUGAAGGAAUCAGGAGUGGAACCGAGUCAAUUCACACUUAAUUGUAUUUAUGGUUGCUUGGCUGCACAGUGCGAUGUUGCAGGAGCACUAGACCUGCUGAAAAAUAUGCGUUUCUAUGGAUUUGAGCCAUGGAUAAAGCACUCGACCUUCCUUGUCAAAAAGCUCUGUGAGAAUGGGAGGGCCGUUGAUGCUUGCAAGUACCUUGAUGAUGUGACUGGAGAAGGUUUCUCUGGUCACAUGGUUGCCUAUACUGCUGCAAUUGAUGGUCUCAUAAAAAACGAGGGAGUGGAUAAAGGCUUAGAGUUGUUCCGAGACAUAUGUGCCAGUGGUCAUUCCCCUGACGUGAUUGCAUACCAUGUAUUGAUAAAAGCUCUAUGUAAAGCAUGUCGAACUACUGAAGCUGAAAACCUGUUUAACGAAAUGGUAUCAAAAGGAGUAAAACCUUCCGUUGCUACUUAUAACAGUAUGAUAGAUGGAUGGUGCAAGGAAGGUGAGAUUGAUCGUGCCGUGUCCUGUAUUACGAGGAUGUAUGAGGAUGAGAAAGACCCUGAUGUUAUUACUUACACUAGCUUAAUCCAUGGGCUGUGCGCUAGUGGAAGGCCUAGUGAAGCAAUCUCUCGUUGGAACGAAAUGAAGGGCAAAGAUUGCUGUCCGAAUGUAAUUACUUUCAUGGCACUUAUUCAGGGUCUUUGCAAGUGUGGCUGGACGAGUGAAUCUUUGGUUUAUUUUCGUGAGAUGGAAGAAAAGGAAAUGGAACCUGAUUCAGCUGUUUAUGUAUCUCUCAUAAGCUCUUUCCUGUCAAGUGGAAACAUCAGUGCCGGGUUUGGGAUAUUCAGAGAAAUGGUUGAUAAAGGAAGGUUUCCGGUUACAGUAGAUAGGAACUACAUGCUUGCUGUUGAUGCUGCAGAUAAGUUUGUGGAAGAUUAUAGGACAUCAUGUCAUCUUACUUUUCUAAUUAAAGACGGCAGCUUUCCUGUUGUAGCAGUUGUGAAUAGAAAAUGAAGUAAACGCUUCUAAUCUUGGGACAUAGGAUAUUUAUUGAGAUUGGUUGCACGGCUUUUCAGCUAAUGAUUUGGUUACAAGCUGGGUUUAGAAACCAAUAAGAAGCUACCUACUUGUUGCUAAUCUUGGUCUGAUGCCAUGGACCCGGCUCCUUCUUGCAAGGCGUAGAUGUGGUGUACUAUCUGGACUAGUACUUCAUUGACUCUUUGAACUAUGAUGUAAACAAAACUCUGUAGGCGUAAACCUGUUGCAGAAAGUUUUGAUAUUCAAGACCAGUCCUGGAGGAGUUACUCAUUGCUCUGCGUGCGUACAGAUAGUUCCAUUUGAUAUACGGAUUGAAGAUGACAUUCAAGGAAUGAACCCGAGAUGCAUAUAUCGGGAUUAGCCAGUUGGAUAAAGAAGUAAAAGCUUUUUGUCUAUUGGUAUCCAGAGGUUGGGUUGCUGCUUUUGUCUGUUCAUUUGCAGGAGACGGUAUAAGACUAUCAUUGUGUUUGUUCGUGCUUACAUAGUGCCAUGAUGUAGAAGUAAGAGUUGUUAUUUUUUUUGUGUGAUGAUAUUGUUGUCACGUACCCAACUUUUGAUGACAAAAUGUAAUAAACUAAUAAUCCUACCCAUCAAAGAUUUGGACCGAGUUAGAAGAAACUUCAAGCAAUAUCGAUUUAUUCAAUCUUUUGAUUUAUCA